UAUAAAUAUAAUACGGUGAGUAGCUCCGAGGUUGGUGGCGAGUUGGGGUGACUCCUCCUUUUCCCACUAUAAAAAAAAAGAAAGAAACCUCAGAUCUAGACCGAGCUUGUUGCGCUUUGCCCCACCUGUUUGUUCCUAAUUCCUUGCCACUUCACUGUUUCUUAUUAACCAAAUUUCUCUCUCUUAACAGAAACACAAAACAAAAGUAGCAAAACCCUAUUUGAGAAUCGGGUUUUGAUAGCUCUGUUUGUUCAUUAUAAUAUUUACUUUUUCUUUUCUUUUCUUUUCUGGUGUCUGGAACAUUGUUGGGGCGGUUUCGAUUUAAAUGUUUAUUAAUUAAUUAUUUUUUUAUAUUAAAAGUGUUAAAAAGGAUAAAAGAUCAAAGUGGUGUUGGGGUGAAAGUGGGUGGCCCAGUCAUGCCUGCUGGUGAGGAUAAGCAGUUGAUCUCCGUUCAUCCUAGUGACCUCAAGUUCAUUUUUGAGCUUGAAAAACAAAGUUUUUGUGAUCUUAAGGUGGUGAACAACACAGAGAAUCAUGUUGCAUUUAAGGUUAAAACAACUUCACCCAAGAAGUACUUCGUCCGACCGAACACCAGCGUUUUACAGCCUGGGGACUCAUGUCUCAUCAGAGUUACUCUCCAAGCGCAACGGGAAUAUCCACCAGACAUGCAAUGCAAAGACAAAUUUCUGCUGCAGAGUACUAUUGUGCCUCCAAAUACCGAUGUCGAUGACUUACCCGCCGAUACUUUCAAUAAAGAAAGUUCUAAGGAUAUAAGGGAGUGCAAGCUUAAAGUUCAAUAUAUAUCUCCUUCGGCUCAAGGGAAUUCUGGAGACGAAGGAAGCUCUGAUUCAAACUCUACCUUGCAGCAGCUGAAGGAAGAUCGAGAUGCCGCGGUCCGGCAAACACUGCAUCUGCAGCAAGAAGUGGACCUUUUGAAGAGGCGAAGACAACGAAGGAAUGAUCCGGGUUUCUCGUUCAAGUUCGCAGCCAUUGUGGGAGUGAUAGGGAUAAUAGUUGGGUUGGUGUUGAAUCUUUACUUGUCUAAAUGAAUAGAGAGUAUGGAAACCAAUGACAACCGGUAUGUUUUGUGGACUUCCAUUGUAUAAAUGGAGGAUGUGUGUUGAUGAAGCUGUUUUUUUUUUUUUUUAAAUGAAUGUAGUUUCAUUCAAUUCAUAA